AUGGACUGGAACCCUUACAGGCGCAGGCAAGUUUCGACCAAGCUCCAAACGGUUACCAGGUUGCUGGAGAAACUCACGGUAGAUCUUGAGAAGCACGAUCUGACUACAAAAGAACGCGAUGCCGCGCUGGACGAGCUCAAGGUCUAUGGGAGAGAUCCUCGAGACGCAGAUCCCAUAUUCACCAAGGAGGGUAUAAGAACGCUCACAAGGCACGCUUUCGACGAUGAGACAGUUUCGACAUCACACGGUGCGCUGAGAUGUCUCGCCAACACCAUGCUCAUCAAGCCCGAGGCGCGACAGGUCUUUGUUGACUUGGAUUACGUGGCCAAGGCGUGCGCCCAGCUGAAACGGGAUACGUGGGACGAUGAGUUUUUGGUAUCGAGAGUCAUCUUUCUCACCACCUACGGCACGAACGUCGAACUAGUGAAGCUUAUCGAUGGGCACGGGCUGGCAGAGACGAUCAUUGCGAGACUGGCAAAGCACGUCGAGGUCGCUCAGAGGGCCGGAAAGGAGAAGGCGGAUCCAAUGCAGGACAUGGCGCUGGCCGAGAUACUGAGGCUGCUGUUCAACGUGGCGCACUACUGUCCAACAAGGGUCGACUCGUUUACACCAGCAGUAGCUCACAUCGUGGCACUCAUCACCGGUCGCGACCUGACACCAUCCCAACCCCUCGACGGCCCCUUCAGCGCCCUGGUGAACGCGCUCAUCAACCUCAAACUUGAAAGUGCAGAGGCACAAUCUGCCCUCUACCCGGAAGGCGACGCGCAAACUUCUGUGGUAGACCGUCUCGUUCAUCUCCUCGACCUCUCUCUAGCCAAGUACAGCGACAACGAACUCGAACAGACCGUCACACCCGUCUUCUCCGUCUUCCGGCUCCUAUACCAGUCCGCCCCCGAACCCGUCAAGGCCUUCCUCCGUGGCAAGUUCCUCCCUACGCCCGAGGACAGGCAGAAGGUCCUGGGCCGCGGCGAGACUCUCCCAGCCAGAGUCCUGCGGAACUCGACCAACGCGCUCACCCCACAGCUGCGCGACACUAUCUCGCACCUCCUUUUCGAAAUGUCGGACAAGGAUGCCCACAAAUUUGUCGAUAACGUUGGGUACGGCUUCGCGUCGGGAUUUUUGUUCCAGAACAACAUCCCAGUGCCGCAGAAUGCGUCGGGUGGGGAGGAGACUGGGAUUGAGAUUGGAAGCAGGCCAAUCAAUCCCAUCACGGGCCAAUUCUUAGAUCGGGAGACGGGCCCUGACGUCCCAGAGAUGACGGAUGAGGAGAAGGAGAGGGAGGCGGAGAGACUAUUUGUCUUGUUUGAGAGGCUCAAAAAGACCGGCAUCAUCGACAUACAGAACCCAGUCGAGCAGGCCUUUCGAGAGGGUCGUUUUCAGGACAUCCAGGAUGAUGAGAGGGUGGAAGAGCUGGACUAA